GACUUCCUUUAUGGUAUUAUAAGUACUAUUUUUGCCAAUAUUCUCUUAAUUUACUUUUAUUGGCUUGUUCAUAUCAAAUAUAAGUAGUUUUAUGUAUAUGUUAAUCUUACCAGUGGAUUUCUAUUAAAAUUAUUAUAAGUUUAAACUUUUUUCUCCUGUAAGGUAGACAACUCCAACUACCAAGCUACAGUAUUCGUAGUUGCCUCGUUCUUAAAAGAUUUCAACUUCACUUCGACCAUUGAACAAGUAACAACAAUUUUGAAAUAAACUCUUGUAUAAAAAAGACUGCUGGUUGGUUGGCGAAGUUUUGUUGAAAACAACUCUCUGAAGUUUUGGUGAACGGAAGGAUCUAAGUAUUGUUUUUUAGAACCAGUGUUGAAAAUAGAGGAUCUCCCACGAGUUUGCAGAAUUGAGCCACGAGCCUACGGUGAAUUUUCCAAAUGUGCUAUGACGAUAUUUUGCGACAACAGAAUAAACGCAAUUAGUCUAUGGCAACCGAAUGCAUAUCGCUAAUCCUAUGACUCAGUUCUACUCACGCUGUCUCGAUAAAUUGACGUCUGUGUACCGACUCCGGCUAUGAAUAACAUUUCACGUAAAAGUUAAAUAGAAGUAGAGUUAGAAAAUUAAGCUAAAAAUGACACCUCAAUCUACCCCAGUGUUUCACUAUACAAAACAACCCCUUUUAACGCAAAAUACCACCCACGUGACAAUAACUAAUUCUAAAAAGAUGAAGAAAAACAAGUGUCAAGGUAAACAUAAAAAAAUCAAGUGUGUUAUUGUUGGAGACCAAGCAGUUGGAAAAACUUCUUUAGCUGUAUCUUACAGUAACGACAGUUUUCCUAGUGAAUAUGUUCCUACAGCUUACGACAAUUAUAACGUUCAAGUACAGGUGAACGGAAAACCUGUAAGGGUAGAGCUCUGUGAUACAGCUGGAGAGGAUGGACUCAAUCCUCUUAGGCACCUUUGCUACCCGGGCAGUGACGUCUUUAUGUUAUGUUUUUCAAUUGUAAAGCCUAAUUCUUUCAUAUCUGCAUGUACUAGAUGGGCUGACGAACUUUCUCGAUUAGGCGCAGCUGUAGUUCUUGUAGGAACCCAAGCGGAUCUUGCGACUAAUGUUGAUGUGAUUAACCGGCUGAGACAAUUCGGCCAACGACCAGUGAUGCAGUCAGAAGCUAGAGGCCUCGCCGAAAGACUAAAUGCUCCUUACAUAGAGACCUCUGCUUUGGCAUGCACUCAUUUAAAAGAAGCCUUUGAUACAGCCAUUGUGAUAGCUUUAAAAAGACAAAAAAGAAAAACGCGACCUUGGAUGAAACUACUUUGUUGUAUUCGUUAGUUAUUACGGAAUAAUUUUUUCAUUCUCUGUACAGAAUUUGUAAAGCAUGAAAAGAAUAUUUUGUGCUCGGUUAACGUCAGUAUUUUUUAUUAAAUAUGGUAUUGGCAGAAACCAAUGCUAAAAGGAAUGAAUAUUAGAGUUUCAUUUAAUUAUGUAUCUUAAUGAAAUUCGUCAAUUCAUAUUCCUACAUGAUAAAAAAUUUGCAUUGGUUUCUUGUUUCGUAUAUAAACACCAUCUACUGAAAAUAUUUUAGUAAAAAAUGAGGUGAUAUAUUUUUUAAAUAUCCAUAUACUUAGUUUAUUCUUAAUUUUUUCGGAAUUAUUCACUACAAUCUCGGAUAAAUCUUCGAGCAUCGUAUUUUUCAGAAUAGAGAUAUAGAUUCUAGGUAAUAAUACUUAAUAUUGAAAAAAAUUGAAACUUCAUUUUUUAUUUUUAAUAUUUUUUUUAUAAAAUACUUGUAGUUUAUACAUUUUUAAAAGUCUCUCUCUACUUGUUAUAUGAAUUUUUGACUGAUCCCUCUCUAUCGAUAUGUUACAUGGAAGAACUCAAUUAAAAUUUCAUACCAAAUUCACUAUUCGCGAAAAUUACGAAGUGGGCGACAUCUGUUAAUUUUCUUUCAAACUUCAAUAGAGGUGAACAACAUGGCUAGAAUACGAACUAAUUGUGUUGUUUUAUAAACAAAAGUAAGUGUUAUUUGAAAUUUUAGUCAAAAUAGUCAAAUAAUAUAUCUGUUUAAAGUGCUGAGAUAAAAACAAACACACAUUCAUAAGGUGCACUUCGAAAACAAUAUAAAUAUGGUAAAAAUUGUAUUGUAUUGUGUUAUUUUAAUGGUCUGCUUCUGUCUCCAACAUAUUCCAUGAUGUUAAAAAAGGUUAUUUCAAUUUUCGUCGUUUUUAGAAUGAUUCUUAAACAUUACUUUUUGUUCUAAAAUUAAGAAAAUCCUACUAAAAUAAUUAAAAACACAAAACAAAAAUUAACAGCAUCAAACACCCCUUUACAGAUUAUAUUGAUGUUCACCGCUAUAGAAGCCAAAUUCAGCCCUAUCUAGUGACACAUGAUUUUCACCAAUACGUGCAAUUUUGGUUGCUUCAAUAUGUCAUGUAAUUAUAACUAUGUUUUUUAUUUUGUCAAUGGUUCCAAAUAUAAACUAAAAUUACAGAUUACUUAAAAUUACAGAUUUCUUACUGCACAUAUGAAGCUUUUAAUUCAUAAUUGAUAUAUUUAGUUCGUACUCUAUAGAAAUUUCUCAAUAAUAUUUGUUAUUUGUUGAUAUCUGUUAUGUGUCAAUUUUAUUACUUUAUUUAAUUUGUCACAUUAUUUAAUUUACUUAUAAUUUUAUUGUUCAUAGUUUUGAUAAAAUUUCAGUUCUAUGGUUUGACAUUUUAAAUUAUCUGUAGAGUAUCCAAAACAAAUUUUUUGCGUUUUUUGUGGUAAAUGAAUUAUCUCCAAAAAAUCAAAAAAAAACCCAGAAAUAUACAAAUUAAUCGGAUUGAAUAUUUCUAACUAAAUUUGGAAAUAUUUCUAAUGUAUCCAAUAAUAAUGCUACUCUUCAUAACGUGAUAUACAGUGUGUCGCCUUUUAGAUGAAGACAUUCUCAUAUUUUUGUCAUCUCAACAUAUUUAUUAAUUUUUUGGUAGGGGUGGUUAACCAGUACAUUGGAAAAUAACCAGAACUAAUUUUAAAGCAUAGGGUUAACGAUCCGUUGGGCAAAUCAAAAACUUAUCACCAAACCACAAAAAUCUCUUGAAAGGUAUCUUAUGAAUUAUAAAUUAUUGUACUAAAUUAAAAACAUUUAUCAUGUAAGGCCAUAUUGCACCGACUACAAAAUUUUGUUUUUCACUUUUGCGGUGUUUCUAUUACAUACUUUGUCCGAGAUAUGGAAUGUUGUUCUGCGUAUCGAGAGUCAAUACUUCUAAAAUUAGUACGAGGACCGGUAGAUGAGGGAGGUUUUACUUAUUAUUGUAAAACAUAGACUACAUGUCCUCCGUUUAAAAUAUUUAUUCUAUUCCCAAUCUGACUUGAUCAAAACCACGCGUUGAACGUGAAAAACUCAAAAAUUUCAAAUCAGAAUCGGUUUUCAUUUAAAACCUAUCCUAUGAUUAGAGAUGUUGCUGUUCACAAGUUCAUUUCUCCCAUAGACUGUUUGUAGGUACCUAACCAUAUUGAGUUGAGGAAAUUAAAUUUUCGAUUAUUAAUGAUAAUAUGACUAAGUUAUUAUCCUUCCAUAACACCCAGGCUUGUUCAACGAAUCAUACGCUCCUCCAUUCAUUUUUUAUUCGUCAUACAAGAGUUUUCAGUUGGAUAUCUGGUUAUUCAAUUUCCUUGUACAGUACCGGUGAAACUGAAAUUCACUUUCAAUAAUUUUGGUGAGGUAACUUAUAACAAAAUUUCCAAAUUAGAAUGAAAAGAGUGAAUCUGAGUUAUAUAUAUUCAAAUCAACAAAUUCAAUUCCAACUUAUUCUUCUAAUAUUUUUUCUCAUUGCAUCUAUAAAACAUAUCGUGAAACAACAGUAUUUUUAGUAAAAUAUUAUAUUGUUAACAAUUAAUGACGAAAUUGAUGGAAUAUUACAAUUUUAUAUAAUAUAUGAUAUACGUAAUUACUAUACUGUCGUAAAUGUUACGAGUUUGAAAAACCAUAAUAUAAAAAAUGUAUUUUCAUUAUUAAAGAGAUACAUAAUCAAAAAUCUCUUACUUGCAUAUUUAGUAACAUAUUUCAACACAAUUUUUUCUUGGUUUGAGGCGCAUUCAGUACAGUACUUUCCGUGAUUUCAUUUUUACACUGCACUUAAUAGAUGGUAGUCAUACGCGGAAGUUUACCCUUCCUUGGCUUCGACUAUAAUUAACAAUUAUUAUUGGCUUACCAUUUAAUUCUGAAAUUUCCACUCCUUAAUGCAAUCUGGUAAUAAAUAAUACACAUUCAUUUUUUUUUGACAAAGUUUUAUUUUGUUCAAAACAGAAUAUUGAAGAUUUAGUAUUCCUGCCUUUCGUUUCUAAUAACUCUGGAUGUAACUCUUUCUUAUUUUUACUUAUCGUUCCUAAAAUGGCUUAUAUGGCUCUUUUAAAAGUUUAUCGACAAUGGACAGCCGUCAACUAGGCAUUUUCAUAAAAAAUCUCAUAGCAAUACACUUUUAUGCUAUACUUAGAUCGGUUUUAGGCAUAUAUAGUUUGAAUGCAUACCUGCCAUGAAAUUUUGUUUCUAAUUAAAUUUGGUACGACAUUCAUGAAAUGAACUGUGUACUUUUUGUUUUUUUUUUGAGGCAGAAUAACGCCGCAAAUAUCACAACUCCUACCUGCAACAGUAUGAAUUACAUUUGAUAGAAAGAAACUCAAGAAAAAAAUAAGAAAUAUGAAAUCAUUUUUAUUUAACAAAAUUUCAUCGGAAAGAAAACUACGUAGCUCUGCUCUCACCUCUUCCCCCCGUCACAAUGCUUAGCCGUAGUAUUUGAAUUUAUUCCCCCCGUCAUGGACGAGCUACGUGGUGUAUGGACGUUCCCAUAACAAAGUAAAAUACUUGCUUUAACAAUAAAUUGCAGUACAAUUCAUGACAAUUCGGCUUUACCUCUCAAUAAAAGUUUAGACUGCAUGAUAAUCAUUAGUAUAUGAAGAAUAAAAUUUAUAAAAAAAAUUCAAGAAUCGAGAAAUUUGUGGCAAAACAAAACAAGUAUGUGAAGUGAAAACUUCUCUCAAACAGGCGGGAACUUUGUUGAGAGAGAUUGAACUUAAUACUUAUUAUAACUAUUUAUUGUAUGUUUUCCCUCAACCAUCUCAAUAAUAAAAUUGCAAUAAAAUAUUUGAAUAUAAAACAUUAAACUGCUAAUGGGCUUAGAUAUUUCGAAACCCUAAUGUUGUCCAAAAUAUCGACCAUAGGCCAUAUUUUUAUUUCUCGUUGGAGUCUUGGUAUCAAUUUCUAAUACUAUUCCUACCGUGCCCGGUCAAAUAACCAUUUUUAUAAUUUAUAAUGUUUCUUUAACAUUAGUCGAUCCGUAUAUACCGUGGAAAUAGAAUAAUAUACCAUAGAUACUUAUUGUUUACAAUACUACAAAAUUUGACAUAGAUGUAACAGACCCAAUGGAUAGAAAUUAUCAAGUCAGAUGGAACUGUCGAAUAUGGCCAUUUUGGAUAUACAUUUCUGGUUCAAUGUUCAUGUUCAAUAGUGUGAAGAGUCAAGAUUUUUUUUUUCAAUUGGUAAAAAAACUUGCCUCGGAGCGAGUAUUAACAACAGCUAGAAAAAGAUGAGCGAUCAGCAUGUAAAUACAGCUUCAUAUGUACGGAAAAAUCAAAUCAAAUUAUUAUUAAGACAAUAAACCAAACAAAAAAUGUGAAAUACUGACGAACAAUGUACAAUUCAAACUAUUACAUACAUGUAGAAAACUUCAAUUAAUAAUAAUGGCAGAUUGAUGUUAUAAUUUUGAUUUCAAAAAAUAUAAUUUUUUCGUCAUUUUUUUUUCAUUCUGUAUUAAGUUUUUCUAAAUACUGGUCAUUUGACGGGUCAUAGUAAUGAUAGGUGUACGAAAAUGUCGUGACGAUAGGAAUAGUAUUCAUUUCUGUUAAUUAUCUUCAAAAAUGAGGGCCACUACCCACCCUGUUUAACUCAGUAUAAAUAGGUCUUCAUCUUAAAUGCAACCCUCUAUAUGAUCAGAUUUACGCAUUCUUAAAUUUUUGGAACCGUUAAUAUUUGAAAUAAUCUAUUGUUUAUUGUAGCAUACAUAAGUUUCUGUAGUAUCUAUUCAAUUUUUUCAUGUAAACGAUUACUUCCAUUGUGUGUGAUAAAUAUUACUUUAAUUAAUUAGCGUGAGAAAUUUUUCUUAAAGAAAUAAAAAUGUUUUUGGUUAAAUUACUCCAAUCUAUAUUCUGUAUUACGACAAAUAUAUUAUGUGAAUCAUCUUCAUUGGAACAAUGAUUGAAAUAACUUUUUAUUUACAUUUAUCACGUCUAUAUUGAUAGAUACAAAAUAGUUUAUUGUAGUUGCUUCAGAUAAAUAAGUUAAAUAAAGAAAUGAAUGCUACAACUCAUUGUUCUGUAUUUCUUAUUUAAGUAAAGAUAUCAAGUUACUUUGAUUUUAAUAAUAUUUAUUUUAAACAUACAAACAUACAUACAGGAUGUGAAUUAUAAAAUUACUGAUUCAUUGACGUUACAUUUGUUUAAAAGAACUUAAAUUUGAUAUUGGAGUCCUUCACAUCUUUUGCUCGUGGUUGAGUUUGUAACACCAUGAAAUAAACUUUUGUCUUACUUUUACGCUCAGUAUGUAGGUAAAAGUUACAGAUCUCGAUCAACAGUCACUAUACAUAGAGAAAGUUCAUUUUUUAUUGUGUCAUACUUUUGUGACAAGACCAUAGGUGCACCAUAAGCCAUUUGAACCAUAAAAAUUCUGUGGAACAAUUAUUUGAAAUUUCAAAUGAUACACUAAAUUGUCCGAUUGUUAAUAGAGAAAACACAGAAAAUGGGCUCGUGUAUGGAAUGCUGCAUUGACCAACUAAAAAAGGCGAGAAAAGCCAAAAGAAUAACAAAUAUACAGAAACAAAAUAUCUACCCAAUUAGCAUUUGUUUAUUUCGUGUACUCGUAUAUUGAAUCAGUCUCACUUAAUAGACGCUCUCAGUACUACCACAACUACUUACAGACGCUGCCAGAAGAAAUAAAAUUUUUAGAUUAACAGUUGGGCUAAAACUAUUUUAGUGAAAUUUGAAGAAAAAAGGUUUAUGAUUAAAAGAGAAAUCAAGGGGUCUAGCUCAAAUUACACGGAACAGUUGUUUCUUCUAAUUUGCUGUAAUUAUAUUAUAAUGUGGAAAACACACUGAGGCGUGAUAAAAAAAACCCAAUCAAUAAAUAGAGCUGGGAUUCUCAACAAAAGAUAUAUACGUAGCAAGUAACACACCUAAGUGAAGUCCAAGCUCUUAACACCUUAAGACAUUUUUCCACUUCUAACCUUCAUUUGUUUGUCUUACUUAUUCACUAAAAUUUGUGUUGUAGUGUAAUUCCUCCACAGGUCUCUAAAAUUCGUCUAUCUUUGAUAUACCAUACUACUUGUGUUGAAGAAGACGAAACUCAAAUUUAUAUUUAUACCCAAAUGUAGGAUUAUAUUAAAAUGUUUAGAUUUUCCAAGAAUACAAAAAAAAUUUUAUGGAUAAACAACUAAUUACCAAAUAUUUAUAAUAACGUUUCUUGGCAUCUACGACGCACAAAAUGGUUAUGACACAGAUAAAAGUAAAGUAAUAAUAGAUGUUGCUUGAGAAAAACAUCGUAUGUUAUAGCAAAAAACUCAAAUAAUAAAGAGAUUUCUAAAUAAUUAAAAUCAAUUUCUAAGAGUUUGAGUUUAGAUAAAUAUUUUAUAAGAGUUUUGGUGACGCUCAUUUAUAGCAACGAAUUUUUUGCAUACAAUUUAUGGGAUUAUUUAAACAAAAUAUGAUGAUUUGAAAAUACAUAUUUGACUGUAAGUUGGCGAUUUAAUCAAAAACAUUCUUAUAUAGUUCUCCUGUAGGUAAUCAAAUGAUAUCGAUAUAAAUUAUUUAUUUAAGAUUCUCGUAGUGUUUCUAAGUGAAUUUAUAACGAACCAUUAACGUUUUGCUUAACGCUAUUUAAUUGUGUAUGGAAUCCUAUGAAAUUGAUUAAAAUUUAAUCAAAUUGAAUUCUUAUCAUGGUGAUUUGGAGUAUUUUUAUGAAUAUUUUUCACCGAUAUAAAACUGAUUUUUUUUUGUGAUUUCACAGACAAUUUAUAUCAUAUAAUCUUAUCGUAAAAAUUACUAGUUUGCAUGCCACUUCUCCUAAAAUUUGGGUUCUGUAUAAUUUUUAUAAAGAAGGUCAGAUAGAUAACAAACGUUACUGGUUCCGUGUUUUGAUACUCCGUUUUGAUAAAAGUGAUGAAUAUAAGUAAGGAUUUGUUUAAGAUUCAAUAAUAAUAUAAUUGCAAAGAAAAGAAUGACCUCUAAAUACUACUCUAAAUAUGACAUCAGAAAUUGGUGAUUUACUAGAACAACUUUGCAAGUGUAACUUCUUUAAUGUAAUUUCGUGUUUCUAAAUUGUUUGGUUAUAUUUUUUUUAAUAUUGUACUGUAUAUAAUGCAAUUUUUUAUGUUAUCACAAUGUUCGUAAAGUGCUUUUAAACCAAUAAAAGUAUUUAUUUAUUGAUAAA